AAACAAUUUAGCACGAAAACAAACAUCGUGUGCCGCUUUAGAUAGGUUAGUUACGACUUUGCACUCUUCGGAAUAUACAAGUGUCUGUUUUAAGUAUUUUCUUCGAUAAUUCUGUCUGAUUACGAAGCAGAAUGAGAUUUAAAACGUAUCAGAGAAUAAUAUGGACCAAUCUGGAGUUGAUGGGACUUUUAGAAGAGGAUGAUUCUUGUGUACAUUUCAAAAAUACCACGAAGCAUCUCGCGUUACAUCCAUUCCACCUGAAAAAUCUUCGGAAAGCUCUAAAUGAAAUUCUGAUGUCUAUGCUAAAUACUUAUGAUGCAGAAUUAAAAGGGUUUUUAAUAUCAUAUAAAAAUCCCAAAUUAUUGAGUAACUCUGGAGAAAUAUUCUAUGACAGCCAUUUUAUUCAUGUUGACAUCGAAGCUGACUUUUAUUUAUUCUGCCCAAAAGUUGGAUCUUCUUUAAAAGGCAUAGUGAACAAGAAGGGCUUGGAUCAUAUUGUAUUACUUGUUCACAAAGUAUUUACUGUUACUAUUCCAAAACCAGAUAACGAGGAGGAAGAAUGGCUAGGUAAUACUGUGGAGAUUGGCCAAGAAAUAAAAUGUUCUGUAACUCAUAUAGAUAAAAAUGCCAAAAUUCCCUUCAUCUGUGCUACUUUAAAUACUGAUUACUUACAAAACUGUAGAUUACCAGAAAUAUUUAAUAUCUCAGAUACAGGCAUCAAUAUUAAAAAUAAUAUAAAUGGCAUGAAGAUGAUCAAUGGGUCAAAUGUUACCACAUCGGAGGACAAUGAUAAAGAAACACACAUUAAAAUAAAGAUUGAGCAUUCUGAUUCAGAAGCAUAUACACAGAAAAAUAUAGGAUCAAAUUAUAAGUUGCAAAAUAACGAUGAUACAGAUUUGUAUAAUAAUACGAAUCCGACUGAACAUAUGGAAUCACGUAAACGAAAGAAGAGAGAACGUUCUGAAACAGACACUACUUCUGAACCAGAGAAGAAAAAGAAGAAGAAACAUGUGAAGAAAUCUAGAGAAUCCGAUUCAGAAUCAAUGUAUAUGACAGAAAAUGAAGAAAGUAUAUUUAACAAUACCACGAAUACUGUACAUAGCAUUAAAUGCCCUAAAGAGGAGCAACAGAAUAGUAAGAAACAUAAGAAGAGCAAAAAAGUGUCUAUGAUAAUGUCAGAUUCAGAACCAGAAGAUUAUGUUAUUAAAAUUAAGGAGGAAAAACCUGAUCCAGUUAUAUUAGACAAACUAAUCAAUGAAAAUAUGGGAAUAUCAUCCAGCAAUAAAAAUAUGGAAAUACAAAAUUUAGAUGAACAUAUGAAAUCAGAUCUAUGUAUAAAAAUAGAAGAUUCCGAGAAAGAUAAGAGAAAAUCAAAAAAACAUAAAAAAACACAUAGAAAUUCGGAGUCUGAGAUUAAAAUUAAAAGUGAAGGUAAGAUAAUCAAUAUUUCCCCAGUGAAAAAACACUACAAUGAAGAUGAAGAGCAGCUUCAACAUACAGAGCAUAUGUCAGCAUCAAAUAUUUCCUCAAGUAUCUCUGAUCACGAGGAUGUAUCUAAAAAACAAAAAAAGAAGUCCAAAACGCCCGCGUCACCAGAUUCAAAGUCGAAACAAUAUAUUAAAAUAGAAGAAGUAGAUAAUUGAUCUAUAUACAAAGCUCAUGUGUAAUAUGAGCUAUAAAAUAUUAAAAAACAAUGAAAACACGCCACAGAACAUUUUUAAUAUGACAGAAUCAACAAUUUACAAAGCAUCCUUCGUUUAUCCUUUACAAUUUUAAUGCAAUAGAUUUGUUCUUUUUUGUAGAAUUUUAUGAAUUUGUAUACACUAAGUGCAAUAAGUUAGAGUAAAACAAAAUAUAAUAUUGAAGUACUUGUGCACGAAACUUUCGCUAUUUUAAAUUCAGAUAAUGAGGAAGAGGAAGCUAGGUUCUAUUGGCCAGGAAAUAUUGCUUGACUCAGAUCAAACUCCAUGGGCAAAGCUCCAUAAAAAAAUUCUCAUUCUGUCAUUUUAAAUACCGAUUAUUUGCAAGGUUGUAGAUUGCCAAAAACAAGCAUAUCGAUAGCAGACAACAUUAUUGAAAUAAAUAUGAGUAAUACCAAAAAAAUUGCUGAUGGAUGAAACAUGAAACCUAAUCUAGAUACAGAUAUAAGAAAAUUGAUAAAAACGUUAUGUAUACGUUAUUGUAAAUAAUAUAUAAUAAGAAUAUAAUAUGAAGAGAGAGACUGCAGAAUGAAAACGUGUUAACGGUAUAUACUUUAUACUUCCUGCAUUUUAAAUAUCUAAAUGCAUGAUAUUUCCGCAAAUAUAUCGCAGAAUAUACAGUAUAAUUUUGAUGUGUACGCGCGUAAAACUAAUUUGUAACGGCGUUACGUACAAAUAAUGUAUUAUUUCCAAAUUCUGUUUCUUUUUUUUUAACAUCGAACUAUAAGUUAUAGUAGAAUAUAGUGUUAUUUACACAUCAUUUUACUUGCUUUUCUUGAUAUUAUAUUUUUGUAAGAAUAGGAUCGUACAUUAUGCGAAAAUGAAAUUCAUAGAAUCGCUUAACGAUUCCAAUCGUAUAAAUAGGUUGUAAGCCAAGAUAUAAAUUAAGAUUUUUGUAUUAGUCAUUAUACAUACUGUUUCUACUUCGUCAUAUAAAUAAAAUGUACAUAAACCAGAGAUUCAUGUGCGUGACAGGCAAAAGUUGUCAUUCUAUACGUUCUGUGAAUUAAAAGAUUUUAUUUUCGAGAGACCAUAUGUAUAAUUUAUAAUUGUUACUUAUUUUUCGGUACUCCACUAGCAGUCAAUGAUCAUUCGUACUGUAUUUUAAAGGAAAGAUAAAACGUAGAUUCUAAAAAGUUAAUCGAUUGUUUUUACUAUUUUCGUUCAACUGCCAAUGUCCGUUUCAGAGCAAUGAAAAAUAGGAAAUGCUCUCGUAAUCUUAACUAUCGAUUUAACUUAACAAUAAUCAUUAUUCAGUUCACAUCAAAACUUCUCCUCAGCAUCUGAUAGUCCUUUUCCCGUACUAAUAUCCUUACGAUUUAAUUAGGUACACUUAAACGCGUCGUAUCGCGCGUGUGUACACGCAUGUUACAUAUUUACACAUAUAAUGUCAAUUUGUCACUAAAACACCUCAUUUGCACAUAUCGUCCGCACCAUUGUCACUACUGUAAUCCUCCAAGGAGGACUUUGUCGUUUGUUUGUCUCUCACCGUUGUACAAGAAUUAGCUUGCAGCAUAGACGUCUCUCUCUUGGAAGGAUUAAGGACAAUGGAGAGGAUAAUCUUAUACACACGCACACAUACAUAUACACACAUACAUAUAUAUACACACAUGUGUAGUUCAACAAAUCCACGAUGAAAAAAAAAAGAAACAGACGAUAUCUCCACUGCCGGUCGA